GAGAGAUGAGAAACAUAAUUUUGAUAAUUAUUAUAGCCUUGUCUGGUGCCGCUGUUGUUGAAUCUCUUGUUCGUCAUUACAACUUUAUAGUUAUGUUGAAGAAUGAAAGGAAGUUGUGUGAAAGCAAGUCUAUUAUGACGGUAAAUGGCCAGUUUCCGGGACCAACUCUAUAUGCAAGAGAGGAUGAUACUAUCACUGUUAGAGUCACCAACCGAGCUCACCACAAUCUUACCAUCCACUGGCAUGGGGUCCGGCAACUCGGAACCGGGUGGGCCGACGGACCGGCGUAUGUAACACAGUGCCCGAUUCAGCCCGCCCAAAAUUUCGUCUACAAUUUUACUCUCGCCGCCCAAAGAGGAACUCUUCUAUGGCAUGCUCAUAUAUCUUGGAUCAGAGCCACAGUUCACGGCGCCAUUGUCAUCUUCCCCAAGCUCGGCGUUCCGUACCCUUUCCCCAAACCUCAUAAAGAGAAGAUCAUUAUCUUAGGUGAAUGGUGGAAAGCCGAUGUGGAGGCCAUUGUCGACGAGAGUACAAAAUCGGGUCUGCCGCCGAACGUAUCGGACGCCCACACAAUCAACGGCCACCCAGGCCCUGUUCCCGGCUGCGCUACCGACGGAGGAGGCUUCGUAUUACAUGUCGAAAGCGGAAAAACUUAUCUUCUCCGCAUCAUAAACGCAGCACUGAACGAAGAUUUCUUCUUCAAAAUCGCAGGCCAUGAUUUCACCAUUGUUGAAGUCGACGCCUCCUACACCAAACCUUUCAAAACCGACACCAUUUUCAUAAGCCCCGGCCAGACCACAAACGCCCUUCUCACAGCCGACAAAUUUCUCGGAAACUACUUGAUUUCAGCCUCCCCUUUCAUGGAUGCCCCUGUUCCAAUCGACAACUCCACAGCCACAGCCCUUCUCCGAUACAAGGGAACCCUCCAAAACUCCCCCACUGUAUUGACCCAAAUUCCACCUCAAAACUCGACCCAUUUAACGGAUCGAUUCAUCGACUCUCUUAAAAGCCUCAAUUCACAGAAAUACCCAGCGAAGGUCCCGCUGUUCAUCGACCGUGCUCUGUUUUUCACCAUUGGGGUUGGGGUUAAUCCUUGCGAGACUUGCGUCAAUGGAAGGAGAAUCGUGGCGGCGGUUAAUAAUGUGACGUUCGUGAUGCCCAAAAUCGCGAUUCUUCAAUCGCAUUACUACAAAAUUGGAGGGGUUUUCACAGAGGAUUUUCCGGGGAAUCCGCCGUUUGUUUAUGAUUAUACGGGUCACCCGCCGGCAAACAUUCAGACUACGAAUGGGACGAAGGUUUAUAGGCUGCCUUAUAACUCGACGGUUCAAUUGGUGAUUCAGGACACUGCUGUGAUUGCCCCUGAGAGUCAUCCUGUACAUUUACAUGGGUAUAAUGUGUUCGUGGUGGGGAAGGGAUCGGGGAAUUUCGACCCGAUUGAGGAUCCAAAAGGGUUCAAUCUUGUUGACCCGGUUGAGAGGAACACUUUUGGAGUGCCGAAUGGGGGGUGGACUGCGAUUAGAUUCAGAGCAGAUAACCCAGGUGUUUGGUUCUUGCAUUGCCAUUUGGAAGUACACACGACGUGGGGACUGAGAAUGGCGUUUCUGGUGGAAAAUGGAAAAGGCCCAGACGAGUCUUUGCAGCCGCCGCCCAGCGAUCUUCCUCGGUGCUAGGUUUUGUUCUUACUCUGUUUUCAAAGAGCUUCAAAAAAAGGAAGCGGAUUCACUAAGUGAAGAUUGAAGAAUAAACAGUAGUUUCCUUGUUUGAUGGUAAUGGAAUGUGAAGAAUUGCUAUA